CACACACACACACUAUAUUGCCAAAAGUAUUGGGACAUCCCUCCAAAUCAUUAGAUUCAGGUGUUCCAAUCACCUCCAUGGCCACAGAUGUAUUCAGAUUGCUUCUACAAACAUUUGUGAAAGAAAUGGGUAGCUCUCAGGAGCUCAGUGAAUUCAAGCAUUUUACUGUGAUAGGUUGCCACCUGUGCAAUAAGUCUAUCCGUGAAAUUUCCUUGCUACUAAUUAUUCCAUGGUCAACUGUCACUGGUAUUGUAACAAAGUGGAAGCAACUGGGAACAACAACUCAACCAUGAAGUACUAGGCCACGUAAAAUGACAGAGCGGGGUCAGUGCAUGCUGAAGCGCACAGUGCGCAGAAGUCGCCAACUGUCUGCAGAGUCAAUAGCUAAAAACCUCCAAACUUUAUGUGGCCUUCAGAUUAGAACAACAACAGUGCAUAGAGAGCUUCAUGGAAUGGGUUUCCAUGGCCGAGCAGCUGCAUCCCAGCCUUUCAUCGCCAAGUGCAAUGCAAAGCAUCGGAUGCAGUGGUGUAAAGCAUGUUGCCACUGGACUCUAGGGCAGUGGAGAUGUGUUCUCUGGAGUGAUUAAUCAUGCUUCUCUGUCUGGCAAUAUGAUGGAUGUGUCUGGGUUUGGAGGUUGCCGGGAGAACGGUACUUGCCUGAAUG